AUGGUCACUCCACUUCACAUGCUUGGCGAACAUUCUGCGGAAGUCGACUGCCCAUUCUGCCAGCGACGCGCAAUGACAAGAGUCGGAGAGGAGCACUCCACCAUGACUUGGCUCUCCGGCGUUGUCCUCGGUUUCUUCUGCAUCUGCCUGGCCUGUUUGCCAUGUAUCGCACAUUCCUGCCAGGAGAUCGAUCACUACUGCGGGAACUGUGGCAAGCAACUUACUCACCGUCCCUACGAAGGACAAGUCCAGCUCGUCGGCGUUCCACCUGCCGCCAUGGUUCCUUCCCAGUAUCCGAUGACGCAGGCCAUGCCACCGCAGCACCCGCACCCGACACAGCACGAGCCUCAGGCGCAGCAGGCGCAAGAACCGCAGCUUACGAGGGAGGAACUAGAGCAGAGGGAGCUUGAUGCACACAGGGCGCAACAGCAGGAAAGCAGCCGGCGGCGAAGUGAUGAAAGUGCAUUGUGUGGAUUUUAA